UUGAAUAACAGCGAUAGCACUUUCAUCUUUCAGAGCUGACGUAAUGUACAGAAUCUGUUUGAUUCUUUUUUCUUACUUUGUUGACAAACAAGAUCGCAAUUUGAAUUUUUUGUUAUCACUCAGUGGCCCAGAGCCUCUAAAUAAUGGACGAACCAUCAGAACUGGAACCCUCUACAUCCGCCCAAAACGACCCGAAAACUAAAGCCCAAGAAGAGGACGACGUUCCAAAGCCACAAUUCAAAUGCCACAACUGUGACCUUAACGAAGAGUACGACUAUUUCGGGAAGCGUCCGCCGUUUGCCAGCCGAAUCCAAUUCAACGAGAACUGUUACGUGAUGAAAGAUCCAUUCUCGCCGGCACCCGAACAGGAGAAGACGACAAACAGUGAAUAUUUCAUUGCACUCGGUGCGGAUUGUGUGAAAUGUAAUCGGCCGAUUUGUCGCGGUCAGGAUUGUAGUUUUUAUUACUCGAAGUCGUACUGUUUGUCGUGUGCCGGUGGUGUGUUGAGUUCGUUUCCGCUGGAAGUGCAAUCGAAAAUUCGGAAGCAGAUUGCGAACAGUCGGACGAAAUAAUCUUUUGGAAUUGGAAGGAAAAGCCGGAAAUAUUUUUUUUUUAUUUAAUUUAAAAUUCAUUCUUAACGUUAAAUCUUAAUUUUCAUUUUGUUUUAUACAUAGACUUUCAUUUAAAAAUACAAUUCAUCUUUAUCCUUAAUCCCCUAAAUUGAUUUAUUAAUUAAAAUGUUUCGCUUGCAUCAUCAUAAUUUUUCGGUACAUAAUUUGCCUAAUAGUUUUCACUUCCAAUCAAACACAAAAAAAUGUUAUUAAAAAAGAAAUUACGUU